CAGCGCUGUCCCAAUGGGCACAGUGAGCACUCCUAUUUUCAACAAAUCGUCUCACAACGUGGAAUUUAAGGGGUUCCCUUCUCCGACAGUGAUGACCACAAUCUCGGUUUAAAGCGGGCGGAGGGAGGAGCACGUGUGGUAACUUUAGUCUUUUAUAAAUCUCAUACAAGCGACAACUGCUGUCCGCUUGACACGCGUAAAAAAUACGAGCCGUUCCCCAACUAAAUGGGUUGAGGGAGACGCGUUAAAGCACUAUGCAGUCGCACUUACGGCGAACUCCGAGCUGUUUUUCAAAAGCUACGAUUAAAGGAAGACUUUCUCAUCGGAAAAUCCCAACUGUGUUUGAAUCUGAUUUGAUUUCGCCUUAACGCGUCAGCCAAACUUAAAAGAAAAAUCACACAUUAAGACCCUGCUGAACGCCAGGACCAAGUUUGAGUUCGGAUGUUGAUUAAUUAACUUUGGGAUAUGUCUGAAGAAUUAAAAAAGCAAUGAAUCGCACAACAAAGCACUGAAGUUUGACCUGGGCUGGUGUUGGGUGAGGUGCGGUUGGAGAGCUGCGGUUCCACGGGCUUACACACGGCCGUGCGUCCCGCUGACGAAAACCUCUACUUUUUUUAGCUCUCCUGUUUCAUCUAUGUGGUUGAGAUCCGUUUGAUGGCCGCACGUCCACUUCUGGAAACAUUCAGCUGCACCUUUACGCACUCUCGCUGUGCGUUCACCUUCAUCCGGGAAUAGAUUCGUUCGAUUCCUUUCUGAACGGAUAGCGGGUCUCUUUUUGUUUCGAGACAGUUGAAUGGAUUUUAAGGUACACUUUACUGAAACUAGGGCAUUAGAACCAUACGGGUUUCAUAUAGCUGUUCUUGGGUGAACAUUUUCCUGAAUCGGUUUUUUAUCUGAGAUUUGAAGACGUCAGAGGAAAAGAUGAACCUGUGUAUCGUCAGCCUUCUCCUCACUUUGGAUUUAGCCACCGUGGCGCUCAGUUUGUCCACAUGCAGCACGCUGGACAUUGAUCAGUACAAGAAGAAGCGCAUCGAGGCCAUCCGAGGGCAGAUCCUGAGCAAAUUGAAGCUCACCAGUCCCCCGGAGGACUUCCCCGAGCCCGAGGAGGUGUCUCGGGACAUUGUCGCCAUUUACAACAGCACCCGCGACCUGCUGCAGGAGAAGGCGAACGAACGGGCGGCGACGUGCGAGCGGCAGCGGAGCGAGGAGGAGUAUUACGCCAAAGAAGUGCACAAGAUCGACAUGCAGCCUUUCUACCCGUCAGAAAAUGUUAUAUCUCCUACACACUUCAAUCCUUACUUCAGGCGGCUGACGUUUGAUGUGUCUUCCAUGGAAAAGAACGCCUCCAACCUGGUGAAGGCGGAGCUCAGAAUCUUCCGUCUUCAAAACCAUGGGGCCCAAGUGUCUGAGCAGCGCAUCGAACUCUACCAGAUUUUAGGACACAGAGACCUUACGUCCCCAACACAAAGAUAUAUAGACAGCAAGGUGGUACAAAUGCGAACAGAGGGAGAGUGGCUGUCCUUUGAUGUCACAGAGGCAGUGAGUGAAUGGCUGAACCACAGAGACAGAAACAGUGGAUUCAAGAUCAGCCUGCACUGCCCGUGCUGCACGUUUGUACCAUCAAAUAACUACAUUAUUCCCAACAAGAGUGAGGAGCUGGAGGCACGGUUUGCAGGUAUUGAUGACAGCUUCGUCCACGGUGUUGACCUGAAGGCGUUUAAGAAUCGGCGACACAGCAGUCAGGCGCCACACCUUCUUCUCAUGCUGUUGCCUUCAUACCGGCUGGAGUCCCAGUCCCACCACCCGUACCAACGAUCCAAGAGAGCCCUGGACACAGCCUACUGCUCCAAGAACGUUCAGGACAACUGCUGCUUGCGGUCACUCUACAUCGAUUUUAGAAAGGACCUGGGCUGGAGGUGGAUCCACGAGCCCAAGGGCUAUGAGGCCAACUUCUGUGCCGGGGCCUGUCCAUAUCUGUGGAGUGCCGACACCCAGCAUUCCAAGGUAUUAGGCCUGUAUAACACCAUUAACCCUGAAGCAUCUGCAUCGCCCUGCUGCGUCUCUCAGGACUUGGAGCCCCUCACCAUCCUCUACUACAUUGGAAAGACCCCCAAAAUAGAACAGCUCUCUAACAUGAAGGUCAAGUCCUGCAAGUGCAGCUAAAAGUGCUUACAAGCCAGCACAAACACUCUCUCCUUCCUUCACACA